AUGCGCCAAGGACAGCGGCGUCGAAAAACCCUCCUUUGGCUCAGCCUAAACGACGUUGGGGCGUCGUCAAGCUUCGAAAGAUCCGGAGAGGCUCGUUGUUUUGCAGAGCCGCACGUCUGUAUGCAAGAGCAUGACAUGGACGCUGCAGAGACCACGAGGCAGCUGCAGGACUCCAAUCUUAGAAUACCACCCCGUCUUCUCCACUGCAGCCGUCUCGUAAUUGCAGCGGGAUGGAUCGUCGAGACCGGGCGCGGUACCUUUCUCUGUCAUGCCACCUGUCAUGGUCUGCCAGUCAGCCAGUACGACCAGGUCUCCCAUGAUAUUUGGAAGACCAGCUACCGGGCCGCCCGACCCUCUCACCGCAUAUUUCGCGCUCUGGGUUCGGUCCCCAAUCCAGUAGACAAAUACACGCAGAGCCGCGCAGAUCAGCCGGGGCUGAAGCCAGCGCAGAGUGCCGCCGAUUCACGCGGAACUGGCGUUAAUGCGUCGCGAUGA